AUGUCUUACUCUACAUUUUUCGGCGGCAUCCCUGCUGCUGCUUUGUGCAGCAGCAGCAGCAGCAGCAACAGCAGCACUGAGGAGCUGGACUGCUGCAGCUUGCGGCAGCAGCAAGUCUACACCUCCGACACUCCUGCUGCAGCAGCAACACCAACUGACAUGCAGCAAACUGUGACACUUGAAGUGUCUCCUCCCCAGUCUCCUCCUUCUCCUUUGCCAUAUUUGCGGCGGCAGCACUUGCCUUCUAAAGAGCAGCAGCAGCAGCAGCAGCUGCAGCAGCAGCAGCAGCAGCAGCACGCCGACCUCUUUCUGAGCCAUGACGACGUCGCGCUCCAGCAGCGACUCGAGCAGCAGCAGCAGCAGCAGCAGCAGCAUCUCUGGCAGCACGAGCAGCAAGUUCUCGACGCGUUGCUUGACCCUGAGCUGCGGCGCAGCAGGGUGCUGCGGCCGCAGCAGCAGCAGCAGCAGCAGCUCCAAGAGCAGCAGCUCCAAGAGCACAACGAGGAAAAGAUGCUUCGGCUGCGGCAGGUGGAGCUGCUGCAGCAGCAGCAGCAGCUGCUGCUGCAGCAAGCAACGGCAAGCAACAGCAGGACAGUCUCUUCAGAGCUGCUGGCGCAGCUGCUGGCAGCAAACAGCAGCAGCCAAAAUAGCCCUGCAGCAGACGCGUGGCGAGCUGCGUGCAUGCCGAGUCCCCUUUCAGCAGCAGCAGCAGCAGCAGCGGCAGCAGCAGCAGUAGCAGCAGCGACGCCGCCAGCAGCUGCGCUGGACAAAGACGCCACCGCAGCAGCAACAGCAGCAGCAGCAGUGGCAGAGAAGGAGACCCAUCUGAAGAGGUGCGUCCAGCGUCUGCAGCAAGCAGCAGCAGAGGUAGUGGCAGCAGAUGCUGCUGCUGCUGCUGCUGCGCCGGCGAGAGGCACUCAGCUGCGUUGCCAGAACUGCAGCAAACAGCGCCACAUGGCAGCAGCAGCAGCAGCAAGCGGCUGCAGCUACGGCGCAAAGGAGCAGCAGCUGAACGGCUCAGCAGAGAGCGUCGAGGAGCAGCUGCUGCUGCAGCAGCGGCAGCAGCAACAGAAAGAGCAGCUGCUGCAGCAGCAAGCUUGCGGGGCUUCCUGCGCUGCCGUUGCAGAUGCGCCAUCAUUGCUACUAGGCAGCAGCUCGGCGCUGGCUGUGUGCAAGCAAGGGGUACAAGCAGCAGACAUAUCGCAGGUGGAGCUUCGCCAGCCGAGCGGAGGCGCGUCGGGGGCCGUGUGCGGCGUGA